UUGGUAAAUAUGCGUCAUCAUCUACUGCUUUGCCGGCAUUGAAAUCAUAUACAGUAACAUCAAUAACAGCUGUGCCAUCAACAUCAGUUAUCUUUACAUCGCCAUCAUUUAACCCAUCUAGUUCAAAUACCUGUUUAGUUAAUAUACCAACAACAGCAUCAACAUACUUAUCAACAGUAAAAUUAACUCAUCAAUGUAACAACGAUGUUGUUGCUAUUAAUGAUGCUAUUGAUAUUAAUGAUGCUAAUCAAUGUAUUAAUUUACUAUCAACUAAAUUUAAUCAAAUCAAUAAUAAUCAAGAAGAUAAAUCAUGUAAUCUUGAUGAUGAUAAAGAAUUAGGUACAAUAGUAACAUGA